UGAUGGAAAAUUUAAACCUUCCCUUUACAGCAUGCAAGCUCUGAUGCAGGGUACUGAAUUUUUAUUAAAAAGUAUUUAUUUGCUUUAAUUUAUUACUUUAGCCAUCAUGGAUCAAUAUUUUGCACCAUUGUGUUUACUCCUGCUGAUAGUUGCAUGUUCAGGUCAGCAUCAUGCUCCACCUGGUGUCAACCCUCAGCAAUAUCAGGCUCAGCAGCAAGCUCAGCAACAGCAAUAUCAGCAACAACAAUAUCAACAGCAAAAUGCUCCAGGAGUACCACCUCAACAGUAUCAGCAACAGCAAGUUCCUCACCAACAGCAACAGCAGUUUCAGCAACCUACUCAACAGCAGUUUCAACAGCCAGCUGCUCAUAUACCACAGCAACAACAACAGCACCUGCAGCAACAACAACAGCACCUGCAGCAACAACCACACGAUCCUCACAAUCAACAAGUGCAUGGACAACGGAUGCUGCACAAGCAGAGCCUGAGUGGCGAGCGCGACCACAUCAAAGAUCACUUGGAGGUGCCACUGGACACGAGCGGCAUGAGCGAGCAGGAGCUGCAGUUUCAUUACUUCAAGAUGCACGACGCCGACAACAACAAUAAGCUUGACGGUCAAGAGCUCAUCAAGAGUCUCUUCCACUGGCAUGAUGCUGACAACCACGACCCUAGCAAGAAAACCGAGAAUGGUCCACCGCCUCCAACCGACAACAAACUGUUCUCGGACGAAGAAUUAGUAACAAUGAUCGAUCCUAUACUGGAGCAAGACGAUCACAACAAGGACGGCUACAUAGACUACACCGAGUUCAUGGCCGCGCAACAGAAAGCUGCUGUCAAUACUCCACAAAGUUAGAGGGAUGAAGGUUUUAGACUUAGUAAUGGUCAUGGUUACGAGGUAUUCUCUCGUGCCUAGUGCAAUGGCAAGUUUAUCCCGUGUGGCAAGCUGUUACCCAUCUGAUAAACGCCGAGAUUAAGGAUUCUAUUUUCAAAAAGGUCUAUUCUGAAUGGAACAAAUGCAGAUCUGAAAUACUAACUUAUGACAUGCAUUUUUUAAUAAAGUUUUUUUUUCCAAA